GUUUAGCUUCAAACUAGUAUCUGGACAUUUAAACCAAACUGGAAGAACUCAAUAUAGACAUAGAAAACUGCAUGGAGCAUUGAUUGAUUAAUUAACUUAACGCUUAGAUUAAAGAAAUCAAAAUGAACAAGAAUCAAUAAAGCUUAAAAAGGAGGCUGUAAAUACAUUUCUAGUCACGUAAACACACUAGAGGAUAUUGAGACUGAGAAUGAAAAUCAAAGAAACCUCAACACCGUUUAGUACCAUCUCAAAAUCUAAGUAACGCAAAUACUCCAACGAAUCAUUGUUGUUUCCUUUCUCACAUUCUAUCUGUAAAGCUUUCUUCUUUCGUGAAUCCAGCUCCUGAAAUAUACAAAAGGGACCAUCGCAAGGGAAAACACAGUCAAGACUGAUCGUUGACUAUUUGGCUGGUUCGGCCUCACUAGAUCGUUGACUGCGAGGUUCGGCUUAGAAUCGGCUUCUUGCUCAAAAGCUGGUCGGGAAACGUUAACUGUUAAAAAGAGAGUUAGUUAAACGUUAGUUGCAAUUCUUCUACGAGACAAGUGAAAUUAGUUAAUUAAUGUACGUAAAGUUAGGAUUUAAUUAUUACAUGUGGUCUUAUGCAAUUUUGCUAAUAUUUUAACUGCUAAAACACACAAAUAAGGAUCAAAAGUUUGUAAUCUAGUAAAAUCUACUCAUUUGUAUCGGUGUCAUUUACUUCAAUUCAAUUUAAUAAGAGUACAUGAGUAAAUUAACCAGAAAAAGACAAGACAUUUAAAUACACAUAAUUAUACUACUAAUCUUGAUUAACCUAUCAAAUUAUAUGCAAAAUUAGGCGUGAGUGGUUCAUGGCCACACCUUUCAAAAAAUAUCAAAAAUAGCAAACACGGUGGUGAUCAAAUGAAAUCGUUACAAAGCUUAUAAAUUGACAAAUUCCUAACCUUUUAUUGCGAUAAGAUCAAUUAAAGUUUCAUUUUCCAAUAUGAAAAACGAUUUAAAAUUAAAAUUUUAUUGCAAUUAAGAUAUCAUACAUAAUUUUAGAAUUAGCGUUUGAAACAGAAACACACUCUUUUCAUAAAACUUUUGUUAUUGUUUUAAAAGAUGAACAGUCUUGUCUUUGAUAAACUUGAAUACUUGUAUGAAACAAAAAGAUAUCUAAUAAUUAUUACAAUACUAUUCAUAACGAUCAUAUGAUAGUUGACCGUACGAGACCACGAAUAUUUAUAGUUUUUUGUUAGAAAAGAAGAUUAAUGCAUAACCACAAAAACCAUAGUUAGAACUCGAUACAACUUUUGUUUGGUUUUAAACUCUCUAUGACUUUGAUGCUCCAGAAUUCUAUAUUUACAUCAAAGUAACCAAGACACAGUACACACGCUCCCAUGUCCUUAAGGACACCCAGCCACCAAACCUAUUUGGCCUAAAUUUUACAAAAUACAAAUCCAAUAUACUCCCUCUGUUUUCUUUUAAUUAUUACUCUUAAAACAUAUGCUCACUAUUAAUUAUUACAGUAAUAAAACAUCGGAGCUUAUUUAAAUAUAUUAAAAUAUUCAAAGAGCCACAAAUCCCUAUAUCAGCAUUACAGAAUGCAUAUAUACAAUUUAAUUUAUAUACUGUUUAUGAUAAGUAGUACCGACGAUGAUGUAACCGAAAAACGUAAGCUACUCGAUGUUUACGUUGGUGCAAGUCGACAUAUUGCCACUCACUACAUCUUUCUCCAAAGCCAAGCCCUAAAGUGGACUUUAUUCUAUCUUCCUUUUUUUCUGCUUUCUUACUUGUAAUAAAAAUGACGCGAACUUGUUAGUGUCCCCCUACAUGGACAUAGGACUAAUACAUAAUAGAUUAUUCACUUUAUCACUAUAUACAUAUAUAUACAUUUCUCAUUUUCUAAUAAUUGAAUAGAUGGAAAAUCAAAUUGGUUUACCAUAUAGGCCAAUAUUAGUCAGUGCCUAUAAUGUUCUGUUGUACGUACCUACACAAACUCCUCUUUUUGCAAUUUGCUUGUCUCAAUCUCUUUUCAAGUAAAAGGAGUAAUUAAGAAACAAAUUCCUAAAAAGAGAGAGAGAAAAAGUAGGUUGUUAGUUUCUACAUGCAAGGUAUUACUAUAAUGUCAUAUUCAUAAUAUUGAAUAUAUCCCAUACAAAAAUAAAGUUUAGAUAAAAAGUAGUUGAUGAGUUACAUGAUAUUUUCCUCUUGAGUUGGAAGAAACGUAUAUAUAAUGAAUUCUACCAAAACAGGGCAAAAAAAUAAAAAUAAAAAUAUGUUCUUGAAAGAUAGUUCCUUUUUAGAUUAGACACAAAAUAAAUAAAAAUGUCUUGUACUCUUAUGCAUUUAGGCGUGUGCACUGCACCCACCCAAAUGUAUGGCCUAAAGCUCUAUAAAUAUAUUUCUACACACAAAGCAUAACCGUAGUUCUCUUUCACACACACAAAACAUAACCUUACUUAUUUUUCUCUCCCUUAAAAAACGUACACAAAAUCACAAGCUUAAAUAUUCUCGCUUCAUGGCUGGAGGAGAUAAAAGAAGAGGACUUAGCAAAUCUUGUGCCCUUCUCAUAGUGAUUGCCGGGAUAGAGAGAUAUGCAUUUAAAGGAGUUGCAUCGAACUUAGUGACUUAUUUAACUGAUGUGGUAAAGAUGAGCAAUUCAAGAGCAGCCACGACUGUUAACACUUGGAGUGGCUUCACUUUCAUGUUGCCUCUCUUCUCUGCUCCUUUCGCCGAUUCUUACGGGGACAGAUUCUUCACCAUCCUCGCUUCUUCUUCUCUAUACUUUGUUGGACUAGUGGGAUUGACAUUGACGGCAUUUGCUGGGUCACGUUCCACUACUAAAACCAUAUCUAUUUUCUUCCUGUACACUUCACUUAGCCUCGUCGCUCUCGGCCUAGGCGUCUUAAACCCAUCUCUUCAAGCAUUUGGUGCUGACCAGCUUGACCACGACCUUGACCAUGACCAUGAACAAGACCAUGAACAAGACCAAGAGCCAUCCUCAGAGAACAAAGAAGUCAAAUCGGACCGCAAGUCUCAGUUUUUCCAAUGGUGGUACUUUGGUGUCUGCGCCGGUAGUCUUCUAGGAGUCACCGUCAUGUCUUAUAUCCAAGACACAUUUGGUUGGGUUCUCGGUUUUGCAAUCCCAACCGGUUCCAUGUUACUAUUGAUCUUCUUGUUCCUAUGUGGCUGCGGAGUUUAUGUCUAUGCUGAUCAAGGUUCAGACCUAAAAUCUAGACCAUUUCAAAGGAUCUUUGAUACGAUCAAAGGAGUAGUGACGAGAAGAAGUAAGAUCACUCUUGAGAACAACCAUGAUUUAAAUGCCAUGGAGCUAGAGCUGCAAGGGAAGCCUCUAUGUAACUGUAGCAACACUGAAGCUACUAGCACUACUACUACAAAGAGCUUAGCUGGUGAUGAAAGCAGCAAAACCGGUUUCUCCAGCCUCAAAACCGUCAAGCUAUUUCUUCGGCUACUACCCAUAUGGACAAUGCUUCUAAUGUUCGCAGUCAUAUUCCAACAACCAGCGACAUUUUUCACAAAGCAAGGUAUGGCUAUGAAGAGAAACAUCGGACCAAACUUCAAAAUCCCACCCGCAACGUUACAAAGUACAAUCACCUUGUCAAUAAUCCUUCUCAUGCCGUUAUACGACAAAGUCUUGAUCCCAAUGGCCAAGAAGAUAUCGAAAAAUGAAAAGGGUAUUACCGUCAUGACAAGAAUGGGAAUAGGUAUGUUCCUAUCCAUCAUUGCCAUCGUUAUAGCCGCGUUAGUCGAGAGAAAAAGACUAAAGAUAAGCAAAGAGAUGAAGACUUCACCAAACUCUUUAGAACCGUUGAGCAUAUUCUGGCUCUUACCUCAGUACAUUCUAUUGGGAAUCUCGGACAUUUUCACGGUUGUUGGGAUGCAAGAGUUCUUCUAUAGCGAGGUUCCUGUUAGAAUGAGAACAAUGGGGUUUGCUUUGUACACGAGUGUUUUUGGUGUGGGGAGCUUCGUGAGCGCUGCGUUGAUAUCGGUGAUAGAGACUUACACGAAGUCAAGAGGUGGGGAACAUAACUGGUUUGCGGAUGAUAUGUCGGAAGCUAGACUUGAUAACUAUUAUUGGCUUUUGGCUCUCACAAGCGCUAUUAGCUUUUUGAUGUAUAUUGUUAUUUGCAAGUAUUUUAAGAGUAGUAGUCAUGAGGAAGAUGAUAGAUGCGAUGAAACUAGUUGAUAAACUUGAAAACAGCUCAAAAAUAGCUGUUUGGUAACCUAUGCGAGUUGCAUCUAAUGAAUGUCAAGUGUUAACAAAAAAAUAUAAAUAUGUAGAGAACUAUAUUCAUA